AUGGGUGGGGCAGCCCCCACAAGUCUCUCCGGGGCAGCUUUAGCAGCGGGGGUGCUGAGGGCGGCCAACCAGGGCCAGAUCUUUGGCUCCAGACAAGCAGGGCAGGACAAGGAGAAGAGGGAGGAGCACGUGGUCAUCUCCACAUACAACAGCAUUUCUCAGAACAUCCUCUUCAGUGAAAGGGGGUGUGAGAAGGCGAUGGCUGUCAUCUAUCCUCCCCCCACAGCCCAGGCACCACACUAUCUGAGGGCGUCUCUGAUAUCUGGUCCCAGAGAGGGUCGGUGCCGAGUAUCCCAGGAGUACCUGACCCUGAAGUCCCGGAGCCGCGGGGAGACCCCAGACCCUAGAACGCAGUCCCAAUCCGCCGCGGCCGCGAGCGAGCAGCUGCCGGGCCGGCCGGUGGCGAAGGUGGCGCUGGGGCGGCCGGAGGAGCGGGACGCGGUGCAAGGGAAAGGAGCCGAGGAGCGCGAGAGAGGCGGCGGCGGCGGCGGCGGCGGCGGAAGCUGGCUGCUAGCGCUGCCCCGAGCCCGGGCCGCGGCGGACGGCGCUGACGCUGCGGACCGAGCCGGGCGCGGAGCCGCCCGGAGUCCGGGACGCAGCGGGGAUGAGCUGGCUGCUGCCCGGCCGGAGCCGCCUCCAAGCGCGCGGCGUUCUGCCGCUGCUCCGGCAACAGCGAGCCAGCUAGCCAGCCCUGCUCCGGCCCCGCCGAGCCCGGCGUCCGAGCCGAAGGGAGCGAGACUAAAGCCCCGACCUGUGUUCCAGCCAGCUCGGGAAGGGCCCAUUCAGCCCCACUCCCCGCCCCCCAGCAUUUCAGGAAGACCACAUCUCAGGGAGCUCCAGAUCGGCGUGAAGAGCCCCACCAGCCGGCGGGUGCUCCAGCAGCCGCGAGAGCGCCCUAGCGCGGACCAGCAGCGCCGCCCGGUGGCCAAGCGUCCUCACUGCAGCGCUGGCCCGGCCCGGGGAGGGUCUGCGCGGAUCGGGAGCUGGACCCAGGCCCGGACCCACGCGGCGCGGAGGGCUCGGCGCCUCCUCCCUCCGACGCCCGGGGAGACGCCCGGAUUGAAAGGCCUGUUUUUCACCUGA